UGAACACACCGUGGUCUCUUCCUUCUACACAUUCAGGUUCAGAGAGGUGCACCAUGCCCCCCAGCCUCACAGCCCUGCUCUUCCUCGGUCUGAGUGUGGGCCUGAGGACCCCAGUGCAGGCAGGGACCCUCCCCAAGCCCACCCUCUGGGCUGAGCCAGGCUCUAUGACCCUGUUGCAGAGAUCUGUGACUAUCUGGUGUCAGGGGACCCUGCAGGCUCGUGAGUUCCAUCUGAAUAAAGAGGGAAGCCCACAGCCCUGGGCCAGACAGAAGCCACUACAUCCAGCAGACAAGGUCAAGUUCUCCAUCACACACAUGACAGAAUAUGAUGCAGGGAAAUAUCACUGCUGCUAUCUCAGCCCCACUGGCUGGUCACAGCGCAGUGACACCCUGGAGCUGGUGGUGACAGGAUCCUACGGCAAACCCAGCCUCUCAGCCCUGCCCAGUCCUGUGGUGAACUCAGAAGAAAAUGUGACCCUCCAAUGUGGCUCACAGCAGGGAUUUGACAGGUUCAUUCUGACUAAGGAAGGAGAAGACAGGCUCACCUGGACCCUGGACUCACAGACCCACCCCAGUGGGCAGGUCCAGGCCCUGUUCUCUGUGGGCCCUGUGAUUCCCAGCCACAGAUGGAGGUUCAGAUGCUAUGGCUGUUACAGGAAGACACCCCAGAAGUGGUCACAGUCCAGUAACUCCCUGGAGCUUCUAGUCUCAGGUGGCUCAGGGAAGCCCUCCCUCCUGACCCAGCAGGGCCCCAUUGUGGGCUCUGGACAGAGCCUGACCCUCCAGUGUCGCUCUGACAUCGGCUAUGACAGAUUUGCUCUGUCCAAGGACGGGCAACAGGACAUCCCCCAGAGCUCUGUCCUGCAGCCCCAGGCUGGGAUCUCUCAGGCAGAAUUCCACCUGGGCAUUGUGAGCAGUACCCACGGGGGCCAGUACAGGUGCUAUGGUAGACACAGCCUCUCCUCCAAGUGGUCAGCCCCCAGUGACCCUCUGAACAUCCUGGUGGCAGGUUGGCUCCCUGACAGACCCUCCCUAUUGGUGCAGCCAGGCCCAACAGUGGCCUCAGGGGAGAACGUGACCCUGCUGUGUCAGUCACAGAGCCAGAGGGACACUUUCCUUCUGAUGAAGGAGGGGGCAGCUGAUCCCCCACUGCGUCUCAGAUCACAGUCCCGAGCUCAGCAGCACCAGGCAGAGUUCUCCCUGGGUCCUGUGACCUCAGCUCAUGACGGGACCUACAGGUGCUAUAGCGCAAACCACAGCAGCCCCUACCUGUUGUCACAGCCCAGU